AUGAGAUCUAUGAAUCUUGUGGAUUCAUGGGUUCAAACUUGCUCCAUUUUCAAGCAACCAAUUCACUGUGAAUCCUUCAUUGGCUUCAUCCACCAACCAAGAAUCAAACCCCAUUUUCUGAAAUCGAGAAAGCCCAUUUCUUCUUUCAGCGUAUCAGCCAUCAUAACCGAAGAAGAACCCAAGAUUGAGGCCGGGAAAGAGAAACCCUCUUUCAACUUCAACGCCUACGUCGUCGAAAAGGCUAAUUUUGUGAACAAAGCCUUGGACGACGCGGUUUCCGUGAAGAACCCCCCAAUGAUCCACGAAGCCAUGAGGUACUCGUUGUUGGCGGGCGGGAAGAGGGUCCGACCCAUGCUGUGCAUUGCCGCCUGCGAGGUGGUCGGCGGCAACCAGUCCGCAGCCGUCCCGGCCGCCUGUGCAGUGGAGAUGAUCCACACCAUGUCCCUUAUCCAUGACGAUUUGCCGUGUAUGGACAAUGACGACCUCCGCCGCGGGAAGCCCACCAAUCACAAGGUGUUUGGCGAGGAUGUAGCGGUGCUGGCAGGGGAUUCCUUGCUGGCCUUUGCAUUUGAGUUCAUUGCCACGGCCACCACCGGGGUGGCGCCGAAAAGGGUUCUAGCGGCGGUGGGGGAGUUGGCUAAGGCCAUAGGGACGGAGGGGCUGGUGGCGGGGCAGGUGGUGGAUUUGAGUUGCACUGGGAAUAAUGCAAAUGUGGGCUUGGAUACCUUAGAAUUCAUACACAUACACAAGACUGCUGCAUUACUGGAGGCUUCUGUAGUAUUGGGGGCAAUUUUAGGGGGAGGAAGUGAUGAACAAGUAGAGAAACUGAGGACAUUUGCUAGGAAAAUUGGGUUGCUCUUCCAAGUGGUGGAUGAUAUAUUAGACGUGACGAAAUCAUCAGAGGAAUUGGGGAAAACGGCGGGGAAAGAUUUGGCAGCGAAUAAAACGACAUACCCAAAACUGUUGGGACUUGAGAAAGCCAGGGAGUUUGCUGGGAAGCUGAAUGAGGAGGCUAAGGAGCAGCUGGCGGAUUUUGAUGGGGGCAAGGCCGCACCGUUGGUGGCAUUGGCUGACUACAUUGCUCAUAGGCAGAACUAGAAGUUUGUGCUGGAAACAGAGCAAAGCUUUGAUGAGAUUGGUGUUGUUGUAAGAGAUUCUUGGAGUUUCAAAUGUGUUAUAUAUAGAUUGUAUAAAUGGAAUGGUUCUUCAGGGUGAAACACCACAUGGUAUUAUGCUAAAUUCUGUAGGAAUUUUACUUUCUUUUGAUUGCAUUAGUUGAAUUCUUGACAGAAGUAGGAUGGAAUGUGGUGCUGUUUUGAACAAUUUUAAUGUGAUACAGCCCUUCUCUGAGUUUUAACUGUGAUUUCUUGAUGUGAUUA